AUGGAGGAAUUCAGAUCCAAUUCUUGUAAGGAUGAAGAAUUAAUGCAGAUGGGAAUUAGCUACACUAAUGGAAGAUCUUCAAAAGGAAUGCAUGAUCUAAGAAGUUACAGCACUCCACAUGCAUCUUUGCCAUCAUUCAAAUUGGGAAAAGAAUUGAAGAUAAAGGAGAUCAAGACUCGGUACUAUAAUAAUAAUGGGUCAGUUUCUUCAUCAUCAUCAAAGAUUUGGGGAUUGAGUGAUCCAGAAUUACAAAGGAAAAAAAGGGUUGCUAGCUACAAAGCUUAUGCUUUAGAAGGUAAGAUGAAAAACUCCCUUAGGAAGAGUUUCAAAUGGAUCAAAAACACUUGCAUUCAUUUGGUUCAUGGAUCAUGGUAG